CGUCCCGAGACCUUUUUGGCGCCGGCCGCGGCCCGGCCCGCGCCCCGGUCCCCGCGGUGCCCCCGGUCCCCGGCGCCAUGCGCUACAACGAGAAGGAGCUGCAGGCGCUGUCCCGGCAGCCGGCCGAGCUGGCGGCCGAGCUGGGCAUGCGUGGCCCCAAGAAGGGCAGCGUGGUGAAGCGGCGGCUGGUGAAACUGGUGGUGAAUUUCCUCUUCUACUUCCGCACGGACGAGGCCGAGCCCGUCGGAGCCCUGCUGCUGGAGCGCUGCAGAGUCGCCCGAGAGGAGCCCAGCGGCUUCUCCAUCAGCUUCAUCGAGGACCCGGAAAGGAAGUACUACUUUGAGUGCUGCAGCGAGGAGCAGUGUCAGGAGUGGACGGAGGCUCUGCGUCGGGCAAGCUACGAGUUCAUGCGGAGAAGCCUCAUCUUCUACAGGAAGGAGAUUCAGAAGAUGACAGGCAAGGACCCCUUGGAGCAGUUUGGCAUAUCUGAGGAAGCCAGGUUCCAGCUGAGCAGCUUAAAGGCAUGAGACGGGCUGGCCUCCUGCCCCAUCCAAGCCUGGAUUUUCAGUGGGAGGCCUUUGGGUUUGAAGACCAAAGCCCGAGGCAGGGUGAGGGUGGGCAGGGGGUGCCUUUUUGGAGAAGUGACCCGGCAAGCUGCUCUCCCUGUGCCUUGGGACCCACUGGACUGGUCUGGCACUUGGUGCUGCGUGCUGCUGCCAUGCACGAGCGUCCAUUCCCAGGAGCUCUGCCCCAGCUCCUCAGCCGUGUCCAUCCUGGGCUGGCGCGGCUCCUGUCCUGCGCCGGGCAAAUGUACUCAGCUAGACUAAGCUAGACGAUGCUGUGAAUGGCGAGGGGCUGUCUCCCUCAACCAGCUGUGAAUCUGCUGAACUCCUGGGGAGGGGUCACCCCGGGCCAACGUCUUGUUUUGUUUAAAUAAAGGUACCUCUGUUCCGUGGUGGAUGGUGGUGGAGUGAAGGAAGAGGGGCUGGG